CAGCUAACUUAGAAUAAGAGGUGUGUCCCUGAGUAGGGUUAUUGUACCGUACUUAUUGAUGGAGCUUGUGGAAAUAGAGACAGGAAAGAGAGGUGAAUUGAAGGAUUUCUUAUACAAGUACUGGCCAGAUACAUUGGAGAUCAUACGUGGAGGAUUGAAAGGGAUUUUAAGAGCAGAACAAAAUCCAAAGCUAUUUGCUGACAGUUGCUUACCUGUAACAACUGUAAUAUUAACAUUUGAUGAAGGGAUAAAAAGUAUUUACGUAUUUAGUACAGAUAAUGUUAAAACUGCUCUGAUUUUGGACUCCUUUAUUCAAAGUGACACAAUAUUUGUCGGCACUGAAGAACUUCUGAAGCAAGUAAACUUGGAAAAGGUCCUACCAAAGUGUCAUAUUACUAAACCUUUCUUUCGAUACAUUUACAAAGUUGAAGCUGACACUGCCAGUGUGCAAGAAGUGACAAGAUCAGUUCCUGGAGGAUACAAGGCUGACAGCAUUCAUUCAUCUGACAUUGAGUUUGUUAUUUCAAUGUGGACACCAGCAGCAACAUCCGACAAAAUGAAAUACAGAAUGAGAAACUACAUUACCAAUGGUUCAACUGCUGCAGUUUAUGACACAAAAGUGCAACCAAAUCAACUCGUGUCCUGGAUAGUGUCCUCUGAAAUUGGCAUACUUUUCCACUUAUACACGUUAGAAGAGCAUCGUGGUAAAGGACUUGGUAGUAUAGUUGUGGAAGGCAUAACUCAAAAGUUGCUUGUUAAAGGUAUUACUCCAGUCUCGUAUAUUUUCGCUGACAAUGCUGCAAGUAGCAUCAUCUUUACAAAGUGUGGCUACGAAAAAGAAGGAUCAAGUUUAGUUCGUCUGGUACCAGAUAAAGUUAUAUAACUUAGCACUCCAACUUUUUAUAAUAAUUGUUAUAUGUUUUUAUUAUAAUAAGUAAUCUAAUGGUCAAUAAUUGUCAGCUUUAAGACAAAAAUUUUAAUGAACUUUAUUUUGAUUUAUAUAUCAUUAAAGAACACAUUAAUAGCAG